AGCCCCCGGACACCGGACAGCCCCCGGACAACCCCCGGAGCCGCCCCCCGGACAGCCCCGGACAGCCCCCGGACAGCCCCCGGACAGCCCCGGACAGCCCCCUCUCCUCCCCUCCCGCGGCGGCCCCGCGCCGAGCCGGGCCAUGGAGCAACACCUGCGGCGCCUGCGGCAGGAGCUGCUCUCCAUGAAGGAGGUGGGCGACGGGCUGCACGAGCAGAUGAACUGCAUGAUGGGCGCGCUGCAGGAGCUGAAGCUGCUGCAGGUGCAGACGGCCCUGGAGCACUUGGACAUCUCGGGGCGCCGCAGCCCCGCGGAGCAGCGCCGGUGCUGCCGCGGCAGCGCGGGGGCCGGGCAGGACCCGCGGCGCUGCCCCCCGCCCCUGGCGUGUCCCGAGCCACGGCCGGCCAGCCUGUCCCAGCCCGCUGCGUUCCCGGAGAGCGGCCGCCCUCGGGACACCCCCUGCUCCUCGCGGGGCCGCUGCGGGGAGGGCUGGUGUCCCCCAGAAGGACCCGGCCCCGUGUCCGGCGGCGCGGAGCACGGCCGGCCCCGCACAGCGCGGCCCCGCAGCCAGGGCACGGCUGCGGCGUGGCCGCUGUGCCAGGAGUGCCCGGGCUGUGAUGAGGGCCACGACUGGACGUCGUCCCUGAUGUCCCAGAGCAGGAACCGGCAGCCGCUGGUGCUGGGGGACAACAUCUUUGCAGACUUGGUGGGGAACUGGCUGGACCUGCCCGAGCUGGAUAAGAAGGGGGAGAAGAGCGAGGCGUCCCUGUCCCUGAGCAGGUCCCAGGAGCUCUGCAGGAAGUUCUCCCUCACGGCCAACAUCUUCAAGAAGUUCCUGAGGAGCGUCCGGCCAGACCGCGACAGGCUGCUCAAGGAGAAGCCUUGCUGGCUCCCUCCUGAGGACAAACAGCCCGAGAUUUCCAAGAGGUCCAAAAAGAUCAACAAACUCAAGGGGACAUUUUACUUGCCCCUUCACGGGAACCUGCAGAGCCACCACAGCAAAGCAGAGAGGUGCCCCAGGGCAGACAGCCGUAGUGAGCACCCCAAAACGGGCACCAGGAAAGUCCCCGACCCCAGAGACUUCAGCCAGGCGGGGUUUGACAUCAACACGGCCGUGUGGGUCUGAGCCUCCGCUCUGCCCACGUCACACCCAGCGCGAGUGGGGCCACGCUCACCUGCUCAGGACACCCCUGAGCUCUCCUCAGCCACAGGAGAGCAGUCCUGCAGAACGUGCUGCGGGCUUCGCAUGGAACUUUCUGGAGAACUACGGCUUCAGGGACUGCCUGAGCAGCAGCUGGUGCAGCCCCACGUGGGGAGACCUUUGGGGACCAAUAUUGGCAAAAAUAAUGCAGAUCUUUAGCAGCUGUAGGGUGAGUGGUGCCACAGGUGAGCAGCUCCUGGUGCCAGGCCCAUUCCAUCAUCUCCAGCUCAAUGGUGCAGCACAAAAUCCACGGUGUGCAUGUGUGUGUAUGAGUGUGCAAAUAUAUAUAUAUAUAUAUAGUUUUGUUAAAAAAAAUCUAUUCCUGCUUGUGUGCACUUGAAACUGGGUUACAAACCAGGCGUCCCAAGCCUUGUACCUGAAGCAGUUGUUAUUGAAAUGGAAAGAAAUAAGUUUGAAUUUAUAAGACUUGAAGAAUUGCUGAGUGGGGGACAAACCCCCAGCUCUGGGGGGUUUCCCCUUAAACUGUAUCCCUGGUGCCCUCCCAGCAUCUCUCCCUCCCCUGCCAGUCAAACCAGUGGGGCACAAGGCUCCCCACAGGGGGUUUGUGACCCGGGGGUCUCGGUGGCUUUGCCCCUCUCCCCUGCCCUUGUCUCUGUGGAUUGCUCCGGGUACAAGGUUGCUGAAGUUUAUUGUUGGGUUUUCACCAGAUGCAAAGUUCAUUCCCCGUUUCCUGCUGUGGUCCCUGUUGCUGUUGUACAAACCCCGCUUUGACAGAACCGAGUUCUUCAGUGUCCGACUCUCCAAGAGUUUCCAAUAAAGUGGGAUCGGUGUCA